AGCAAAAAAAACUGGUUUUUUGUGAUUUUCGUAAAAUGAAAGUGCUUCCUUUAGCCUUAUUUCUUUGUUAUUUGUUUGAUUAAUGUUAGUAAAAUUUGUGUUUAAUACUCAAUCCUGUCACCAUGGCGGUCCACAUUGAAUUGGACAGCGAUUUGUAUACGUAUGAGUACUUUCUGCAAGAUGAUGUGUGUAGAUUGUGUUGGGGCAAAGACGCUGUUUGCGAGAUCUUUGCGAAACCUUCGGAGAAUCAGCAGAUCUUGAAGAAUGUGCUACUAGAGAAGAUAAGAGAAUGCCUGGAAUUGGACAUAAAGGAAGGCACGCACCCGUACAAGGCUUGUUUAAGUUGUUACAGUAAGAUAGAGGAGUUCUACAUGUUCAAACAAGUGUGUAAAGAAACAAAUAGGCGUUUGCACGAUAUAUUCACUAAACACAGUAAAUUAUUAAAUGAAAAUAUCGAUUAUAAUGUCAAAAUUGAAAAAGAUGAUACCGAUUACUCAGAUCUGGAGACUAAAGCGGACUGGAUAAUAUUUGAAAGCGUUAACGAAACAGACAAUGAUAGCGACCACUCCGAUAUUGAUGUAAAAUCAAAACCGUUGAGAAAGAAAAAAAAGAGUUCGUACAAAAAGUUACGAACUCCCACGUAUUGUAAUAUUUGUAGGCUAGAUUUGGAAACAGUGGAGAAUCUCGCUCAGCAUAAUGAGCAAGCACACGGUAUAGAGGAAAAGAGUGGUAUGUUCAAAUGUUUCGGUUGUGAUAAACGGUUUAAGCAUCGUAAGACAAGACUGGGACACGAGAUAGCUGUGUGUAAAGGUUUGAAAGAUGGUUACAAGUGUCCGAAAUGUGAUCGGUACCUGCCCAAGCGAGGGAUGUACGAAGCCCACAUGAGAGAUCACCGGACGCAGCCAAACGUUGAGUUGCCAGAAGAUAUAUUUCAGUGUUUCAAAUGUUUAACGUAUUUUAAGACUAAAAUAAGUCUACAAGAGCACAUGGCGCAACAUGAGCCAAAGAAGUUUGUUUGUGAAACGUGUGGCCGAGUAUUCUCCAGGCGGGCGUACCUGAACCUCCAUAAACGGAUACACACCGGCUCUAAGCGAUACUCGUGCGAGCUGUGCAACUACAAGUGCGCACAGCGGUCUUCCUUCAACGUACAUAUGAGAAAGCACACCGGCGAGCGUCCGUUUGCGUGCGACAUGUGCCCGCUGCGAUGCGUCUCGAGUUCCAACCUGAGAGCGCACCGUUUGCGACACCUUGGCGCCGGCCCGCAGUACGAGUGUUCAAUCUGCAACAAAAAGUUCGGGUACAAACUCAGUUUAGAAGAGCACAUAGCGAUCACCCACGAGCGUUCCCAAUCCUUCCGCUGCUCCGAGUGUGGAGCUAGUUACUGCCGCGUACGCGGCUUACGGCGCCAUCUGUUGGCGAAACACGGGAAACAGCUGAAGUACGCGCGCGACAAAACUGAGACACAAGAUAGAAUAGACACGCAAGAAAAAGAGAUAGAGGUUGAUAGAGGGUUGUCACAGGAUGUUUUGCAGAAAAUUUAUCAAUAAAAGUAUUUAUAUUGUUG